CUACAGGGUGCUUUUACUUUUUAUUUCCCCCCCUUUUCUCUUCCAAGUCCACAUGUUUCUUUCCCCUGUCCUACAGCGACGGGCGAAGCCAAAAAUAUCAAACAAACUCAGUAACUCCUCUGAAUUAAAUUCCAACACCAGUCCACCCACUUUGUCUUCUUCUCUUUGCUAUAUUCGGCUUCUUCUUCUUCUUCCCGUUCGGUUCACUUGGACGAAGAGAUCAAAAAUCAAGUUUCUUGCAACUUUCUAACCCCUUUUCUUGCUCUAAUACUUGCCUCUUCACUUGAUCAGAGAAUUUUCCAGGUAUUUGAUGGCCCAGGCCCAGGAUACUCUUGCCAGUGCCGAUUCACCGCGAAGAAGGUCUGGUCUAUUAAGAGAUCAAGUUCAAUUGGUUAAAAGAAGUGCUUCUGCUCGUUAUGAGAUAGCCCCAAUUCAAGAUCAUCUAUCAUUUGAGAAGGGUUUCUUUAUAGUACUCCGUGCAUGCCAGUUGUUGGUUCAGAAGAAUGAAGGAAUUGUACUGGUGGGGGUCGCUGGUCCUUCAGGAGCCGGAAAGUCUGUAUUCACAGAAAAGAUCCUGAAUGUUAUGCCUAGUAUUGCUAUCAUAAACAUGGACAACUACAAUGAGCCCAGUCGUAUCGUUGAUGGAAACUUCGAUGAUCCACGCUUGACCGACUAUGAGACACUGCUCGAGAAUAUACAUGGGCUGAAAGCGGGGAAGCCUGUUCAAGUUCCUAUAUACGAUUUUAAAUCUAGCUCUCGCGUGGGUUAUAAGACACUUGAACCUCCAAGCUCUCGAAUUGUUAUAAUUGAAGGGAUAUAUGCUUUGAGCGAAAAAUUGAGGCCAUUGCUAGAUCUCCGUGUGUCUGUCACUGGUGGAGUGCACUUUGACUUAGUGAAACGGGUUCUUAGGGACAUCCACCGUGCUGGACAAGAGCCCGAGGAGAUAAUCCAACAAAUCUCGGAAACGGUGUAUCCUAUGUACAAAGCCUUUAUCGAGCCUGAUCUAAAGACAGCUCAUAUCAAAAUUAUCAACAAGUUUAACCCAUUCGCUGGAUUUCAGAACCCCACAUAUGUUCUAAAGUCAACAAAAGCUGUGAAUGUAGACCAGAUCAAGGCUGUGUUUCCAAAUGAACACAAGGAAAUUACAGAGGAAACUUAUGAUAUAUAUCUCCUACCUCCUGGUGAAGAUCCUGAAGCUUGCCAAUCAUAUUUGAGGAUGAGGAACAAGGAUGGAAAAUACACUCUUAUGUUUGAGGAGUGGGUUACAGAUAGUCCCUUCAUUAUAUCACCAAGAAUCACCUUUGAGGUCAGUGUACGACUUCUUGGUGGGUUGAUGGCAUUAGGAUAUUCAAUUGCAACCAUUUUGAAAAGGAGCAGCCACAUUUUUUCCGAUGACAAGGUUUGUGUGAAAACAGAUUGGUUGGAGCAACUCAAUCGUCGAUAUGUUCAGGUGCAAGGAAAAGAUCGCUUACAUGUAAAAUAUGUUGCCGACUCUCUGGGUUUGGAUGGUUCGUAUAUUCCUCGCACUUACAUCGAACAAAUUCAGCUGGAGAAGCUUUUAAACGAUGUUAUGGCAUUGCCAGAUGAUCUGAAGACAAAGCUGAGCAUAGACGAUGAUUUGGUCUCAAGCCCUAGAGAAGCUUUAUCCCGAGCCUCGGCAGAUAGGAGAACAAAGUUUCUUAAUCGUGGUAUUCCUCAUUCAUACUCAACACAACGAGAAAAACACCUGUCCAAGCUGACAAAACUUGCGGUUAAUACUAGAAGAUAUGAUGGUAGAACCCCUGAUUCUCCAGCGCCAGUGGCUAAUCAGGGAGUUGUUUCUCAACUUACAGAACAGAUUUCCACGCUGAGUGAGCGAAUGGAUGAGUUCACAACUCGGAUUGAAGAGCUAAACUCAAAAAUAUCUGCCAAUAAAGUUUCUGCUAGCCAACAAAAUUUGGCAGUGCAGACUGAGUCUUGCAAUGGGUCUGGACCCACUUCUCUUUUUGUGGCUGGGUUAGGCAAUGGCUCGUUGGCUGGUUCUCUUUUACCUCAUUCAUCAUCGUCUUCCCAACUGGCAAGAGAGUCUUCUCUAAUGGAAGAGCAGGUACUUCUCAUUGGGAGAUCACAGCGUCAGAUCAUGCACCAAAUAGAUAAUCUGAGCAAUAUCGUCCGUGAGCUCAACGGAUCUCGCCUAGGCAGAACAGAUAGGACCGAAGGAAUGGCUGAAGUUGUUGAAUCAUUUGGUGUUCCUCUGCUUCUAACUCUUGCAAUUGGCGGUGUAGGUAUCCUGUUGUUCAGGACCUUGUCUCAAAAAUAACUGGUUCAGCUAACACUACUGAAACUGUGAACUAGAGGACUCUUGUACAUAUUCAGAGAAAAUUUUAACAGUGUAAAUGCAUAUGUUUUUAGCCUCGUUAUCUUUAACAAUAAAUACAUGAAGAGGAUGAAAUAGCAGUCUCUUGGAGAUGGAGAGUAUAUUUCAUGUUGGAUGGUUAGUGUAAAGGUAUAGUGUAACGGUAUCCUUUUUUAGGUUGCUUGUCCAAUUGUAUAACUAGACCUUGUACUCAAGAAUAGCUCAUGCAUUUUUAUUUGCAUAUUUUAAUUAUUAAUUAUUAAUUUAA